GACUGCUGCAAAUGUUCUUGUGUUCUUGCAGUUCAGUCAGUACCUGUGUAAUACAGCAUUGCUUUCUAGCAAGUUGUGCACAUUCAGGAAAAACAUUACAGGAUAUAAAGGCUUUUUUUGGGUAGAUUUAUGUACGUGGGUACUUCUGCUCUGUAACGGCACAGGCAAGAGGAAGAACUACAUCUUGAGUUUGAGUCAGAAGGUGACAUGUGUGAUGGUCUUUACUGUCUUGUGGUAUUUCCAUACUCCUCAGUCAUUGUUUUAGCCUUAUCACAGAUAACUGUAAUGUGCAUGAGCGAUGCUGUUAAUUAUGAUCGUGAUGUGGAUACGUGGCUGAUUAAUUUGGAGAUUGAAUUAAUGUGUUGUGAAGGUACGGGAUUGAAACUCCAGCCUCUCUUUGGGCAGUUGAGUGGUUGUGCUUUUUAUGGUGGUUGCUGUGUAUAGGCAUAUGUCAUCCUUGUGGGAUGCAGAGCAGUUAGACUAGUCCUUUUCUGCAAUUGUGUAAGUAGGAAAGGAAAUAAAUCAGCAAGGAUAGACAGUAUGUUGAGCUCGAAGGGUCGGACUUGUUUUGCUUGUUAUCAGGCUCUACUUUUCUGUCCCUAGACCUUAUUUUUUGUUUUAGUGAACUCUUCCUUCCUGUUCUUAGUAGGAGCUGAGAUGCCUAUCUCCCUGUUGCCUAGAGAUUUGCUAAUUUUGUCUCCUUCCCCAUCCCCUCUUUCAGUCCAGGGCACAGAGACCCUGGCAGUUGUGCAUAUACAGCGUGUCUCGCAUUGACAACUGGAUUGUUGGGAGCCUGUGGAAGGUUUCUGUUAUCUUGUGUAUGUUUGUGUACAUGCACCUGGGAGUAGUGUUAGUUGGGAAGAUAGUAUGGGAAGGGUGCACUUUCGUGGCGUGGGAGGAAGCUGGAGAUGAAGGGAAGUGCUGCUCAAGGAGAAAGGUGGUGUUUUGGAGUGUGGGGACCAGUGCUGUGCCUCCUUUAAACCUCCUGUGCAGGAAACCAGCCUUUGUGGGUUUUGUUGCUCUUGGAGCAAUUUUAGAGGACUGUUCUCACCAGCACAAGCAUCAGUUUGGAGAGUGGUUUGUUGAACUUAAAAUUUCCUUGUUGUAAAUGUGGAAGAGUAAUUCAAACAAUUUUCUAUGCAGGAUAGCAUUUUAAUUUUAGUUCAAAUAUAUAAAGUCUCUGUGAAAAAUGCAAAUCAGCCCCCUCUGAUCUGCUCACGUUCUGAGUCAUGUGAUUUGCAGUGUGCUCUGCAUUACUUGCUGAGAGGAAGAAACCCUUUUCCAGAUUAUGUCUACUUCGAAAAUUCUUCAAGUAACCCUUAUUUGAUACGAAGAAUAGAAGAGCUCAAUAAGACUGCCAAUGGAAACGUGGAAGCAAAGGUGGUGUGUUUCUACAGAAGGAGAGACAUAUCAAGUACACUUAUUGUAUUGGCAGACAAACAUGCAAGAGAAAUGGAAGAAGAGAUGGAAAAUCCAGAAAUGGUUGAUUUACCAGAGAAACAGAAGCAUCAGCUACGACAUCGUGAGUUGUUUCUCUCACGACAGCUGGAAUCUCUGCCAGCCACACACAUUAGAGGCAAAUGCAGCGUUACUCUGUUAAAUGAGACAGAAUCCCUUAAAUCAUAUCUGGAACGGGAGGAUUUCUUCUUUUAUUCACUAGUAUAUGAUCCUCAACAAAAGACUCUGCUCGCUGAUAAAGGAGAGAUUCGAGUUGGAAACCGAUACCAGGCAGAUAUAACAGACUUACUAAAAGAGGGUGAGGAUGAUGGAAGAGAUCAGUCAAAACUUGAAACAAAAGUUUGGGAAGCCUUUAACCCACUAGUAGACAAGCAGAUAGACCAGUUCCUGGUGGUAGCACGGUCUGUUGGUACUUUUGCCCGAGCGCUGGAUUGCAGUAGUUCUGUCAGACAGCCAAGUUUGCACAUGAGUGCUGCAGCAGCCUCCAGGGACAUCACACUGUUCCAUGCUAUGGAUACUUUGCACAAAAAUGUCUACGACAUUUCCAAGGCAAUCUCUGCGCUUGUGCCACAAGGUGGGCCGGUCCUGUGCAGAGAUGAGAUGGAGGAGUGGUCUGCUUCAGAGGCAAACCUCUUCGAGGAAGCACUAGAAAAAUAUGGAAAAGAUUUCACUGACAUUCAGCAAGAUUUUCUCCCAUGGAAGUCCUUAACAAGCAUAAUAGAAUAUUACUAUAUGUGGAAAACUACAGACAGAUACGUUCAGCAGAAACGAUUGAAAGCAGCAGAAGCAGAAAGCAAGCUAAAACAAGUGUAUAUACCCAACUAUAACAAGCCAAACCCCAACCAGAUCAAUGUAAAUAAUGUCAAACCAGGAGUGGUAAAUGGUACUGGAGUCCAGACACAGAACACAGGAGCAGGACGGGCCUGUGAGAGCUGUUACACCACCCAGUCUUACCAGUGGUAUUCUUGGGGUCCCCCUAACAUGCAGUGUCGCCUCUGUGCAUCCUGUUGGACCUACUGGAAGAAAUACGGUGGCUUGAAAAUGCCAACACGGUUAGAUGGGGAGAGACCAGGACCAAACCGCAAUAAUUUGAGUCCUCACGGUGUGCCAGUACGAAACAGUGGGAGUCCCAAGUUUGCUAUGAAGACACGACAAGCUUUCUAUCUCCAUACAACAAAACUGACAAGAAUUGCCAGACGUUUAUGUCGAGAUAUCUUGCGCCCUUGGCAUGCUGCAAGACAUCCCUAUCUGCCUAUUAACAGUGCAGCAAUCAAAGCAGAAUGCACAGCACGUUUACCUGAGGCAUCAGAAAACCCAUUGCUAUUAAAGCAAGUGGUUCGAAAGCCUUUAGAAGCAGUACUCCGGUAUUUAGAGUCUCAUCCAUGUCCUCCGAAACCAGAUCCUGCAAAGAGCUUGUCCAGUUCUCUCAACAAUUUGACUCCUGCUAAGUUUACGCCUGUCAUUAACAAUGGGUCCCCAACUAUCCUGGGAAAAAGAAGUUACGAACAACACAAUGGAAUGGAUGGCAACAUGAAGAAGCGCCUGUUGAUGCCUAGCAGGGGAACUUACUUAGGUCUGCCUAACCACGGACAAACCAGACAAAUGGGACCAAGCCGAAACUUGCUGCUCAAUGGGAAAUCAUACCCAACAAAAGUCCGAUUAAUUCGUGGUGGAUCCAUGCCUCCAGUGAAAAGGAGGAGGAUGAACUGGAUUGAUGCACCAGACGAUGUUUUUUACAUGGCCACUGAAGAAACCAGGAAAAUCCGCAAGCUGCUUUCCUCCUCCGAAGCCAAGCGAGCCGCCAGACGCCCUUACAAGCCUAUUAUCCUCCGGCCCAUCCAGACAGUGCAGCUCCGCCAGCCCAUGAAUGAUGAACCCAUAAUCAUCGAGGAUUAACACACGCUGAGCAGCGCUGCUCCGCACGGCGGCGGAUCUGCCCGACAGAAUCUCUCCUCCAGUAUCUACUUGAGUUUCUAUGGCUACAGCAUUGAACUAACUGUUGAAGAGAGGGAACUUUUGAGGAACUGUUUUGCAUCUUUUAAACCCUUAAAAGGAACUCAGCCCUGCUCUGAGCCUCUGACCACAGACUGCUCUCUCUCUGUCUCUCUCUGUCUUUCUCUCUCACGCUCUUUCCGUCUCUUUUUUUUCUUUUCCCUUUUUUUUUUUUUUUUUUAAUUUUUGGUAGCCUCUUUUCCCUUUUGCUUCUACCCCUUUUGUAGACAGGGGGAGGGAAAGUAAGUUUAACUUAUUAAGAGAAUGUGGACUAGUACUUUUUAGCUUUGUUUCCUCUUCUGAUGUACGAAGAGCUAGAACCCUUCAUUUUGUGACUGAGCUCUCAUUGCAAAGCCAUUUUUAUGAGGCUGUGUUGUAAGAUUUUUCUUUUCCUUUUUUUUUUUUUAAUUUUGUGGACGGUGCCAUUUUUUUAUUUCAUUUAUAUUAUUUCUUUUGUAGAUAAAUUUCCAACCUUUAACUGCUAUUUGAAAAUAGGAGCUGAAAGCCAGCCCCAGGUUCAGCCAGUUUUCUUUGGUCCUGUCCCUUCUGUUUUUUGGAUCAUUUUGCACAGCCGGUUGUGCUCAUGCACAAGACAGAACCAACUCAGGCUGAGAAAGGAGUGAGCUAAGAACUGAAGAACCUUGCAGAACAUUACACUAACGUUGUGUGCAGUGGAGGCCAGGCUACCAGAAUUAGGUGUCCUUACUGUAGUUGCUCCCUGGGAGAUGUGGCCCGUGGCAUUUCUCCCAGUAACCAGCAGUUUGUGUGCUGCCUUCUCUAUGACACCUGGAAUCCUACGUGCUGUUAGGCCACCAAGAGCCAGCAGUAGGCCCAGCAAGUGUAAUGAGUUGCUUUGCUCUGGCUCCAAGAGUCAAGUACACCAAUGCCCAGGGACAUUUUGCUUAGAACUCUGAACCUGUUUGUGCAUCAGUGCUUUUGGACACGUUUCCCAGGAUGAGACCUGGUUUCUCUUUAAUUGCAUUACUGUAUGUUUCCCGUUUUGAAGGGACUUUGAAUUACAGAUGGCUUUUCAUUUGAACACAUUGUGUCUGAAAUUAAGUGGUUUUUUUCCCCCUUGACAUUUCUUGUGUUUGAGGUUUCUUGCAUCUCUUGAACUUCUUAUGUAUUUGCAAGUCUGUAUCAUUUCUUUUUCAUAUGUCUUCUCAUGGCAGUGCAUUUGCUGAAUGCCCUGCUUGGUUUUGAAAGGAUGUAAACUAUCAUUUGCAACUUGUGCUGAUCUGUACAUGUACCUGCCUCAAGCAGACACAGCAUGUAAUAACCCCCAAGUCAUUCCAUAUGUGUCAGCGGUGAGAUGAGCCAAAGUUGUAUUUGGGUUAUCACAGUCCAACCGUGAUUCUGUGCAACUCUGCUAACCUGCCAGGUUAGACGGAAAGGAAUCCCCACAAAAUGAAAACAAUUCAGUUAACUUUACUUAAUAAACCUGGAAAGUGAGCUUUUGUGAAA